UCUCUUUAAAGUUGAAAGGUCAUUUCAGAAUCCAGGUCAAAAAACUUUCAAAGGUAAGGAAGGCAAUGAAAACAACGAAAUAAAAUCUCAGUCUUAUACUUUGCCGACUCAAACACGUCUCAAGCUUUCGGUUCGAAAAAUGAAUAUGGUGGCAAAGUGGCACUGGAAUAUCGAAGAGGGACCGUGUGGAAUAUGUCGGGAGAUGUUUGAGUCUUGCUGUGUAUCAUGUCGGACUCCGGGAGAUGAAUGCCCAAUUGCAAUUGGCAUAUGCCGUCAUGCAUUUCACAUGCACUGCAUUGUAAAAUGGACAAAAUCACAGAGAAUCCCCCACCCGCCAUGUCCUCUAUGCAGGCAAACGUGGAAGUUUGCACCUUUGGAACGAGCUAAAGUGCGUGUAGCUGAUGAAACUGUCCAUUAA